GUGGAAAGUUGUAAGAUUUUUUUAGAGGCUACUGUCCUAUACGUUUCCAGAAGCUUGACCUAAAUGGUCUACAAGAGCAAUGACUGAUACAAAAGUAGUAAUAGUACCAGGAAAUGGAUGUACCGAUCCACUCCGAGCUAACUGGUAUGGAUGGUUAUACAACAGAUUGAUACAAGCUAGAAUAGAUUGUCGUUUAGAAGAAAUGCCCGAUCCAUAUGAUGCUAAGGAGAGUGUAUGGAUUCCUUACAUGCAUGAUGAGUUAAAAUGUGAUAAGAAUACCAUAAUUGUUGGACAUAGCUCUGGUGCAGAAGCCGCUAUGCGCUAUGCUGAGAAGUAUAAAGUUAAAGGAAUCAUUCUAGUCUCAGGCUGUGUAACAGAUCUCGGAAUGGAAAGUGAAAGAGUGAGUGGCUAUUACAAUCGACCCUGGUUAUGGGAGAAAAUGAAAGCCAACACUCAAUUUAUUGUCUAUUUUGGUUCUAUUGAUGAUCCAUAUAUUCCAUGGGCAGAGCAACAGGAAAUUGUAAACCAUUUAGAUCCAGAGUUAUAUAAAUAUGAUGACAAGGGACAUUUUACUUCCAGUACUUAUUCUGAUCUGUUAAAAGUUGUUCUAGCUAAAGCUAAAUCCUGACCACCGUGGAAUAUAGUCGGUUGUUUUAUCAAAUGGUUAUGGUCUUAAAUUAUAGAAGUAUAUAAUCAAUGGUAAUUGUGCAAAAUUGUUCAGUGAAGUGCUCAAGCAUGCUAUGCAUUUUUUGCUAUGAAAAUAUAAUUUGUGUUGAUUGACGCAUUUGACACACUAAUGCCUAUCAGUUUUUUUUUAUGUAUAAUAGAAUAUUUGUUCAGUCUUGUCUGAUGUUUGUUUACCAUAAAAAAAUUACUUUUCAAGGCUAUGGACUAUAUUUUAAACAUUGUAGGUUACAGUGUUAUUUGUAAUUUGUCUUUCUUUAUAAAUACCAAAGAAUAAAAAAGAUUUAUAUUGUGUAUAUUU